GGCGGCGGCGGCUGCAGGGGGGGCCCGCGGCUGGCUGCCUGCGUGUUGCCCUGGGCAGCCCCGACCCCCGGAGGCGCAGGGGCGGGCUCGGUGCGGUGGCGAUGCCCCGGGGGCGCCCCGCUGGUGCAGCUCAGCCGCGCUGACGCUUCUCCUCCUCGUCUUCACCAUGGACAGCUUCGACUUCGCCCUGCUCCAGGAAUGGGACCUGGACUCCCUCUGUGUCUAUGAACCAGACAGAAAUGUUCUGCGGAGGAAAGAAUGGGAGAGGAGAAAUCAGGAGGCACAGCAGGAAGAUGGUUCAUUUAAUACCAGUUACUCCCUCUUCAGUGAACCGUACAAGACUAACAAGGGAGAUGAGCUCUCAAAUCGUAUCCAGAAUACAUUAGGCAACUAUGAUGAAAUGAAGGACUUAUUGACGGAUCGAUCCAACCAGAGUCAUCUUGUUGGAGUUCCAAAACCGGGGAUUCCACAGGCACCUGUGAACCAAACUGAUGAACAUUUUAUUGCAGAUUCAAGACCACAGCCUCAGCCUUCCAUCUGCAGCACUUCAUCAUCCAUACCAGCCGCUCUAUCUGGUCAGCAAAGCAAGAGCCCCACAAUGGGUUGGCAGAAAGCUGGGCACAAUGCUUCUGAUGGACAGCAGAGGGCCAGCAAGCAUGGGCACAGAUUGCUUGAGUCACACAACAGUGACUUCAAAAUGGCUAACCAAAAAACCAGUCUGGAAAAGCUUAAACACUUUGCAUUGAGUCCCACAUCGUCAUCUGUCAGUGCUGCAAAACAAGGUACUUUAAGAUCCGUGCUUGGAGACAGUGUCAGCAAAGCACAACAGCAGUCCAAAUUAAAUUGCAGUGUAGAAGCAGGAUCUCAGGCUCAAGAAAGGCCAGCAAAACACAGCACUGGGCACUGUGUUCAGAACUUCCCUCCUUCACUUGCUUCAAAGCCCAAUAUAGUUCAACAGAAACCAACGGCUUAUGUAAGACCAAUGGAUGGUCAGGAUCAGGCUCCUGAUGAUUCUCCAAAGCUAAAGUUAUCGGCAGAAGCUAAAAUGCACUGUACAUCAUAUAGGGGAGUACCUUCUAAUAAGCCUGACCCAACUAUGGCCAAGACCAAGAUGGCAAAAUUUAACAUUCCCCAGCAAGAAGAGAUUAUGGAAGCUGAGAAGAGCAAAGCAAAAAUGGUGACAACACUCAGAGAGCACUCUGAGGUGGUAUCUGAAAACAAGUCCGAGGAAGAGGUUUGUGAUUAG